AUCCUGUAGUACUGCCCGUUGAAGUGCAUUGGAAGCAUGGUUCUAUAAUAUUGCUCUUAUAACAAGAAUUAUGUUGUAUACCGUUCUGUUAAUUAUUCAAUAAAUCGGUGUUCAGUGAAUAAAAUUAUUCCACAAGAGUCCAAUUAAGAAGAAGCGAAAGACACAAAAGAAAAUUAUCACUUAUUCGUAUAGGUACACCGAAAUGAGCUUCCUUAUAUAAGGAAGUACAUGUUAAUGAAGAUUCAGUAAUAUUUAUAACAGUGCAGUGCGAAUAGAACCUAUCCUAUAAUUAUUGUUAAUUUAAUCAAAAUAAUACAAGACUAUGGUCUUCAUUAAUUGAACCAGUGUAAAGGAAAAAAUUAAUUUCUGUACAAAAAUUUGCUUAGUUAUCUUAAAAUAUGAACCAUGGGUCUCUUAACAUUAUCAUGGUUAACGGAUGGAACAAUGUUGCUUUUAACAAUAAUCAUCGCAGCCUAUUUUUACGUGACACGAAAUUUUCAAUACUGGAAGAAACGAGGUGUUUUCGAAAUCCCACCAGUGCCAUUUUUUGGAAAUUUUGCAAAAUAUUGUACGUUCCAAAUGUCUCCUGCUCACCUGUUUAAGAAAUUGUACGAUCAAGGUGAAAAUUUUCCGUAUGUGGGAAUUUAUAUCUUCGACAAACCGUACCUUCUUCUGCGAGAUCCAGAAAUUAUCAAAAGAGUUCUUGUUCAAGAUUUUCAUAUAUUUUCUGAUAAGUUGUCUCACUCGAGUAAAAACGACAAUAUCAGCAAUAAGUGUCUUUUUUAUAUUGAUAAUCCCUAUUGGAAAUAUAUCAGACCAAAAUUUUCAAAUUUGUUCUCUGGUGCAAAAUUGAAGAGUUUGGUUGAGAAUGUACAAGAUGUGCUAACAGAUUUCAACAAUCACAUGGAUUUACUAAAAUUGGAAGGUUCUGGAAAAAAAGUGGACAUAAGAGAUCUCACUGAUAAAUUCACAUUAGAUGUGAUUGGUCUUGCUGCAUUCGGAUUAAAAUUAAAUAGUCUGAGAGAUCCGGAUGCUCAAUUUCGGAAAUUUGCAAGGAUGAUGUUUGGAUACGAUAAUUUGAGAAGAGCUAUUGAACUUACUUGCGUAAGUGUAGCACCUCAGCUUGCGACGUUAUUUGAUUUUCGAUUUUUCGAAAAACAUUCCGCUGGCUUUCUACGAAAAACUUUCGAAGAGAUCUUGGAUGAAAGAAAGGCAAAAAAAAUCAAAAAUAACGAUUUGAUAGACUUGCUAAUCCAGCUUAGAGAUAACGAUGAAAUUAGCGAUGAUUCUCAUGGGUUUAAAUUUGAAGGCGAUAAUUUAUUGGCCCAAGCACUGAUCUUUUUUGCUGCUGGAUCUGACACGUCAUCAUCAGCAAUUUCUUUUACAUUAUACGAGUUGGCCAAAAAUUUAGAUAUACAAAUAAAAUUGAGAAAUGAAAUUAAUGCUGCCAUUGAAAAAAAUAAUAAAAACUUAUCUUACAAAAUGAUAACAAACCUGCAAUAUCUGGAUAUGGUAAUUGCAGAAACACUGAGGAUGUAUACGACCAUCCCAGUUAUAGAUAGAAAAGCAACAAAAGAUUAUAAAAUUGAAGAAACUGGGCUAAUUAUAGAAAAAGGAACACCAAUAUUGAUACCAACUUUUGGAUUGCACUACGAUCCAAAAUAUUAUUCUAAUCCAAAUGUCUACGAUCCGGAAAAUUUUUCGGACUUCAAUAAAUCAUCCAGAAAUCCAAACGUUUACUUGCCUUUCGGAAUUGGUCCGCGAAACUGUAUCGGAAUGCGCCAAGGAGUUUUGCAAUCCAAACUCGGUGUCGCUCUAAUAAUUUCCAGAUUCGAAGUGACACUUCUGCAAGAUACUUCAGUGGAACUCAAUCCAAAAUCAUAUUUUACUUCAAUGAAAGGAAGACUUUUUUUGAAUAUAAGAAAAAUUGAUACAAAUAAGUCGAAUUAAGAAAUUUGAUGUUUUUGGUGAUUUAGUUAAUUUUUGCAGUAAUUUGUAACUAGUGCAUGAAAAA